GGUUUCUUUCGACUCGAAUCACCGGAUUCGAUGCACGUGCUUCCGAAACGCGCCGCCGGUGUACGUCGUGUUUGUGCCCUGUCUAGUGUAACCGAUUUUUUUUUUGCGCGGGUUAGUACUUAAGUGCAGCAUAUACCAUUGUAGGGUCCAUGAUAAGGAAGGGCCCAACCGUGAAUACAGUUCGGUGUAAUAUUCGGCGGCUUACAAAGCUAAGAGUGAUGUUGUGGCAACAGCUAAAAGGUAUAAUUUAUAGCAAAAGAUGUAGUGUUGUGUGUUAGUAGUACGACGAUCAAAGUUCGAAUUCGUUUGGAGUGUACAAAUGUGUCGGUUUUGUUAAUCGUUACCUGUGAGGCACGUGUAAAAAUCGUUUGCGAAUAGAAAAUAGUAUCGAAUCAAUCAAACGCAGUUCGGUGGCGUAAGUUACCGUAUCUUUGAAUUCAAUCAACCAUAGUGAAAAGUGAGGAAAUAUAGCUUUUUCCACCCUGUCGAUGGUUGGUGCUAGAGCGUAGCGUGAAUAUCAUAUUCUGUUGGUGCAGGUGGUUUCUAAGUGAAGGCGGCAGACCUGAGGAGCAAACCGUGUGUGCACACCAGCAGUUGGGGCUUCAAAUGGAUUAAUGCAAAGCACAAUAUACAGCUGGAUAACACUUCUUCAUUCACCAAGAUCCACAUCGUACUCCAACGAUACGACACCCCGUAAUUGCCAUGUUGUCUGCUAUUGAGUAAUCGAUUGAGUAUGAGUUCGUGCACGGUGAUUCGUACACUUUACUGCCGUUUAUAUCCUUCAAAAACCAAGUGACUAAAGUUCAUCGGAACGGGCUUACCACAAGGUGACAAGUGGUUCGAUGAUACGGCAAGGAUGAGUCCCCCGUUCGUCAUCGGCCAGAUAAGCGCUCGGAAGCAGCACACCCGCAAGCCCUAAUGCCGGCAAUGGCCAACAGGUGCCCACCACCAUCACAAUCGUCCCCCUCAGUACCAGCGACCGAACCAUCAACAUUGUUCUCGCACACAAUCUCACCACCGCCGUCAUCAUUAUCCGGUGCGGGAGUGGCACCACAGGCAGCAAUCUCAAGGCCCCAACCGGUAGCGGUUACAAGCCGUACGGGUACGGUGGUUUGCGGCCUAAUUGGAAAGUUUGAAUGCACCAGAACCGACUCUGCUGACGUCAAAGUGACAGCAAACAGUUGUCGAGCGAGCGAUAACGCGCUUAUCACUUACAGGGGCUGUCCCAUCACUGGCAGAUCGUGCCCGCCGUACGGUACGGGCGAAACCGGAGACGGUGUCGGUGCGGGCCGGACGAUUGUGACCGGUAACCGUAACGAAUGUUCUGAUAAGACCACCACCACCACAAUGGGCGUCGGUGGAACGGGCGGUCGGCUAGGGAAAUGUUCCGGUGAAAUGGUGAACGCAGAAAUGGAUGCCUGUGUACAUAGAACCCGAGAUCGUCAGCGAAAAACCGUCGUCUACAGUCGGCUUUGUUUGGACGAUGCGUUGCUGGAAGAUGUGGGACUGUUGGAAACGGACAACACCCGAAAGACGGCGAAUGGAGCGACAGAACGGCGGGAGACCGGCUGGACGACGGGACAGGCGGAAGUGAUCCGUUUUCCGUGCGUAGAACGACUGAUCGAACUGUACGCAAACAUCAUCCGCCAGAAGGAGGCUGAAGUGCAAAGAUUUAUGAGCAGUAUUGUAAGGAACGGUGAUAAAAGACGAUUAGAUAAGGCCGUACCAUCGUCGGCGGACGGCCGAUGGCAAUGUGCUGCGGAGGGGGAUGGGUCGCACGGCAGCAAUUUACAGCAAGGUGACAUACGCAACGAACCCUCGCUACCUGCGUCAGUAUCGCUGGAAUCGUUGUCACGUACGAAGACGUUGCAGGCUACAGACACGGUUGGUGACGACCGCAUGCGCACUAGUUCGAUACAGUCCAUCGACGAGGUGGUACGCGCAGGUCGCACGAAAGAACGCUCCAGCCCGGCCCAGUCGGACGAAGGUUGGCGCAGCAGCACCCAGCCCAGCCCGUACGGUUCAAGCGACGAAGAGGAACGUCCAGUGCCGGUAGAGAAAGAAACGCCGGCCGACACGAUGAAGAAUCGCGACAAGGUAAUACGUUCGUCCAGCUCGGAUUCCGCCCUCGGACUGGAUGAUGAUCUCAGCCAGCAGGAACAGCAACAGAUGAUCGCAACCGUUGGCAAGGUGCGUCGACUUACGCUCGGUGUGUCGGAUAUACCGCUCCGUUCCGCUUUACUACCGGUACCGGAACCAUCCACACUGCCCAGCUUGGUAACGGCGGUAACAACGGACCACUGUCCUACGGUGGUACGCAGCAAGAUGAUUCUGGAGGCGCAACUCAUCGAAUUACCGCUUGCCGACAGUAGCGAACAGUCGGGCCAACAGCAACAGCUAGGCUGUCCACCGAGCAACUCCGUCUCACGGCGUGAAUCCGCCCAAAGCUACAUCAGUGAUACUGGUGAAGGUGUACGCUACGUCCGCACACCGUCCGUCGUCGUCUCGGACUAUUCGGACGACACGAUGUGUGGCAUUACGCUGGAGGAAAUUGAGUACUUCCGGCGGCACAGGUUGCGCCGUGGUUCGGCCGACUGUGAGUCGGACAUUAGUGCGGCCUCAUCGUGUAGCAAUCUGAACUACUGUGGUUCGUCCAUCAGUGCGCUGGAUGGGUGCGAGUACCAGUGCGGACUGAGGACGCCCGAACGCAAGGUGUCCGAUUGUUCCACCUGCUCCACGGUAAGCUGUGAUGAGGACGAAGGUUACUCGGUGGUUCGCUCCAAGCUUGCCAGCCUUAGCCUUCCGUCAGACCCAGUUCCAGAGGAGACGGAAAUUUCCCCAAAGUCAGCGAUACCACCGGUUAUCAGUGCGCCAGCGAUCGAACGGUUGGGAAAUGGCGUUGCAACGACAGUGGACACUUCUACCGAGACGGGAGACGUUCGGGUAUGCAGCAAAAAGAAGGUUGGUAUGAAUGAUAAAGACAAAAUUGACAGAAUUGGAAGAAUGCAUACAAUAGACAAAGGGUUCGUGGUUUGAUCUACGCCUUUUGUUCGUUGAAGUCUUUUGUUCCUGACAGAAAGCUGAAUCAUGAACGAUUGGCAUGAACCAUUUGUUCAUUGUGCGAGUGAACCGUAAGUAAAUGAAACUAAAGCGCUAUUGCUGGAAGGAGAGCAUUCCUUCCACAAACUUUACACAGCCUUGACAUGUGUUGAAGUCCGUAUCGAAACGUUCAAAGGUUGAUAGGAGUUAAAAAAAAAUACACCCUUGUGUUGGGAACAUAAAAUGCGCAUAUUUCAUCGAAAAUGUGAAAAGAAUUCUGCGUAGCAGAAUUGAAUGAGCUACAUAGUGAAACCAGAUCGGAAGGUAGUUGAACCGCAAAAGCUCUAGACUGGUAGUCAACAUACACCCCGCUCAUAUAAACAAACAAAAAUGAUUGAACGUUAAGCGGGGGUUGACUCGAAAGACCAAAUACUACAUUGAUUGUGUGCCCGAACAGAACUAUGACGUGAAAAUGAUAAAUGAAUCUCGUCCAACUUGGAACAGCUAUGGUGUGUGCGCGUUUUAGGCAAAUACUUGAAUUUUCUCUUUUUUUCCCCCUAUUGUGCUUAUCUUUCCAUCCGGUGUCAUUCAUUUAUCUGAGUCAAAACCGGAGAUAGCAACAGAAAUGAAAGCCCAUGUCGCUGGUAAGAGGAAUAAAAGAUCAGGAUUGGGAUUUGCUAAAUGAAUGCUCAAUACACUUUUCCAUGCCCGGAUAGCCGUAAGCACAAAUCGUACCUUGGUGUGUUAGUACGACAUGUAUAUCACAGGUAAAAUAAUCCGGCGAGUCGAUUAAUCUUUCGCUAGUUCCAUUAGCACGACCAUAAGUGACUGCGAACAUUAAUGAGAUUGAUUAAUCAAAUUAGGCUGACCAAAUUACACGUUCGUUUACCUUCGUUCGUGCCUUCCGAUCUGCAGUAAUGAUGAUUUUGCAUUUUAAGGGUGGAAUAAAUGUUAAUUUUUUUAAAAUAUAUUUAAGUUAGUGCAAGAAAGUGGACGAGAGUUAUUAUUUUUACAAGUUAAUUUUCCAACAAAAAUAAUCUGCAAACUCUCUAAUCAGGUGAUCUCACCGGUGUGCGAUUGUUUUAGGAAGCUAUCCGCCACAUAUUACGUUAUUGAGCAAAUAUCGAUCAUUAUCACUUUUUUUCUGACAACAAUGACGAAACAAUGUUAAUCUCGAGACAAAACAGAUCGCUAGACGUGCCAAACAACUCGCACAUCAACGGCUUACAGGCGCACGAGCACGAGAGACGGCCUAAGGAGAGCUUUCAAGCUUAGUGAGCGUAAAGAUCGUACCGGAUCAUGCCGUAUCUAAGAGAGUAGUAGAUACGGACUGAAUCGUUCCCCGCUCAAGAUCUGAGCGUAAGCAGACCGAUCGUGAAAAUUCGUU